UACGUGGACGGCCAGGAUUUCCCCCCAUCCUCAACCUUCUUCAGCUCCUCCGUGUCCCCUCUUUUUUAGCAGAGAACGAAACGAGAAAUUGAAAUUUUGGUUGCUUCUUGUGAUCAGCGAUCCCAAUUGACCAAAACAACAAUGGAUUAACACCUCUCUAAACCCUCAAAAAUUUCCUCUUACAAUGGCUGAAGCCGCAGCUUCUUCCCCUAAACCCACCCCUUCUCCAAAUCCGAUGGACCCAUCACCACCACCGCCACCUCCUCAACCACAAUCACAAUCACAACCACCGCCUACGGCGUUAACAAAUUCGAACUCCAACACCACAGCUCUUACACCACCACAAUCACAACCGCAAGCACAAGCACAAGCACCAACAUCCAGCAUGUCAAAUCAAAAUCAACAAAUUGCAUCUCCUUCUCUUGACCGACAAAUUUCAUCGCCUCCUCUUUCCUCUCAACAGCAACAACAACCGAUAGGACAGCAGCAGCAACAGCAACAAUCGCAGCAGCAAUUGCAACAACAGAAUAUCACAGCCAUGUCGAACUAUCAAAUUCCACAAUCCCUUCAAAGAUCUCCUUCCAUGUCUCGUUUAAGCCAAAUUAACCAACAGCAACAGCAGCAGAAUCAGUACAGUGGCAUCUUGAGGCAGCAGCAGCAACAACAGGGCCUGUAUGCCCAAGUGAAUUUUGGUGGGUCGGGUUCAAUUCAGCAGAAUUUGCAGAAUCAGCAAAUGAGUGGCACCAACUUGUCUCGGUCGGCACUUCUCGGGCAGAGCGGGCAUCUUCCCAUGCUGACCGGAGCGGGGGCAGGGUCUGUGGCAGCAGCAGCGGCUGCUCAGCUGAACUUGUUGGCCUCGAAAGCUGGUUUAGUCCAAGGGUCUCAAUUCCACCCUGGUAAUUCUCCGGGGCAGCCUUUGCAGGGAAUGCAAGCAAUGGGAAUGAUGGGAUCACUCAAUUUGACCCAACAACUAAGGCCUAAUGGUGCGCUUAAUUAUGCUCAAAGACAGCAAUUGGCACAACAAAAUUCACUCACCUCUCAUCAGGUUCCAAACCUUUCAAGGACAUUUAUGAACCCUCAACUGUCUAGUCUGGCUCAGAAUGCACAACCAGCAAUGAUGCAAAACUCUCUGUCACAGCAGCAAUGGUUGAAGCAAAUGCCAGCAAUUUCAGGUCCUGCCUCACCACUCCGUCUUCAACAGCAGCAGAGACAGUCGCAGGUUCUUUUGCAGCAGCAGUUGGCUUCAUCUCCUCAGUUGCUCCAGAAUUCGAUGCCAUUAAGUCAGCAACAAUUAUCCCAACUGGUACAUCAGCAGUCAUCAAUGGGGCACCAACAACUGCAUCAGCAACAGCAGCAACCACAACAGCAGUUGCAACAACAACAGCAGCUACUACAACAGCAUCAGCAACCACAUCAGCAAUUGCAACAACAAUUACCCUCACAUCAGUCGCAGCAACAGCAAUCUCCGAGGAUGCAAGGGCCCACAGGCCAGAAAUCUCUUAGCUUGACAGGUUCACAACCAGAUGCAACAGCAUCUGGUACGACCACACCAGGGGGGAGUUCGAGCCAAGGAACAGAAGCAACUAAUCAACUACUUGGGAAGAGAAAGAUGCAUGACUUGGUUUCACAGGUAGAUUCACAGGGAAAGCUAGACCCUGAAGUCGAAGAUCUCCUUUUGGAGAUUGCUGAUGAUUUCAUUGAUUCUGUGACUACAUUUGCAUGCAGUUUGGCAAAGCACCGGAAAUCUUCAACUUUAGAAUCCAAGGAUUUAUUACUACACUUAGAGAAGAACUGGCAUCUGACAAUUCCGGGAUUUUCGACUGAAGAAAGAAACUUUCAAAGAAAACCUAAUGUGCAGUUAUCGAGUGAUCUUCACAAGAAGCGUCUUGAUAUGAUUCGUGCAUUGAGGGAGUCCUCACGCUCAGAAACAAAUAAUAAUAAUAAUCCUAAAGAGAUUAUCAGACAAGGGCUUGGCAACCCCAUAGUUACUAACCACCUGAUAAGACCACCAAGUUCAGAGCAGCUGGUUUCCCAGUCAACUAGUUCUCAAAUACUGCAGCAGAUCACGCGAUUUUAAUGGAUAUAUUUCUCAUUUCUGUCAGUGUGUCCAUGCUGAUUGGUGUAACAUGGACCUUGUUGGGUUUGGAUUGUUGGAAGCAUUAGCUGUGGAGGCAGAUGUGUAAUUAUUUGGCUAGCAUUAGAGGUCUGAAAAUGGGUUGAAAAGAUUGCGGCAGUGAUCAUCUAAAUUUAUAGUUAUUGUUGAUGUAUGAAUGAUUAUUUGAUCUUGUGCUUAUGACCACAAGAAUGUGCCUUGUUGCUUGCAGUUACCAAAAAGAAAGGGAUAUCCUUGGGGAGA